GCGGUCGAGAGAGAACCGUCGACCGUGCGGGCAAGGCAAGCUCGAGUCGAGGCCGCGGCGAGUUACAUCGUUUUCCAAUCUGUCUGCGUCCGCCGCGGCUCGAGAGCGAGUUGGGAUGUUCGGGAUGCUGAGCAACGGUUUUGAGGAUGAUCCCUUCUUCUCUGAUUCUUUUGUUGCACACCGAGAAAGUAUGCGACAGAUGAUGAGAAGUUUUUCUGAACCUUUUGGAAGAGACUUGCUCAGCAUCUCUGAUAGUAGAGGAAGAGCUCAUAAUCAUACAGGACAUGAUGAUGGCGAAAAUUCCUUGACUGCAAUGAGUUCCCUUGUGCCUUUUGGCAGUUUUGGUGCUAUGCGUGCAGAUGUCACCCCUUUUCAGGCAAUGGACCGAAUGAUGUUAAAUAUGAGAAACAGUAUGCAAGAAUUACAAAGAAACUUUAGUCAUCUUUCAGUGGAUCCAAAUGCACAUUCAUUUAGUUCUUCCUCAGUUAUGACUUAUUCCAAAGUAGGAGAUGAACCACCAAAGGUUUUCCAGGCCUCCACUCAAACCCGUCGGGCUCCAGGAGGAAUAAAGGAAACUAGGAGAGCAUUGAGAGAUUCUGACAGUGGACUAGAAAAAAUGGCUAUUGGUCAUCAUCUUCAUGAUCGCGCUCAUGUCAUUCAAAAGUCAAAGAACAAGAAGACUGGAGAUGAAGAGGUCAAUCAAGAAUUCAUCAAUAUGAAUGAAAGCGAUGUUCAUGCUUUUGAUGACGAGUGGCAAAAUGAGGUUUUGAAGUACAAACCAGGGGGACCAUGGCGCAAUCUAGAAAACACUAGGAUGAGAAGUGUUGGUCAUGAGAAUUCAGGAUCCCGAGAACUUAAACGAAGGGAGAAACCUCAUCAAAAUCCAGCCACUGAACGUGGGAGAAGAUCAAAUGUUUUUGUGGACAAACUCAACGUCAAAGGAUCCCCUGUGAAAAUCAACAAAAAAUAAAUAGGCUUGCAUUUGUUUUGUUUAGUUUCAGUUGUUUUAACAGAGAAAGUAAUGGUGCUGGGUAAUACACAUAAGACCAAUCUCAUUGUUAAAUCAGUACUGUACUUAGAGACUUUAAUCUGAUAUCUCAGUGUUCUUGGAUGUGCUAGCUUUAUAUUGUCCCUACGUUAGCAAUAAAACAUUGAUUUUCGGCAAUGUGACAAAAUUGUUAAACAUUCUAUCAAACUCCCAGUCAUCCUCCUAUUGGCCACGUAUUCUUCUGUACACUCAAGAUUGAAUGUGGAGCUAGUUCAUCCUAUAUAAUUAGUUACAAGAAAGUGAAAUGUUAAAAAAUAGUAUCACUUUCCACUAACACUACACUAGAGUUAUGUUAAUGAAGGUCAUAAUCAUUUAGCUCAAAUCUUAUGUGUUAUGUAGCCAGGUAGCUUAAAGAUUUUUUUAAAAACAAAGCAAAACUAUACUAGUACUAUCGUAUGAGAAAUUAGUUAUCACUUUGAUAAAGAAAAUAAAGAAUCAAAUAGUUCAUUAGCAAAGAAAAAUUUUAAAUUGCUAAUAUACAUAAGUUUUCUUAUAGUUUCUUUAUACACUAUGUUCUUUUUUGUUCUCGCUUACAUUCUUAACAUUUAUCAGACUUUACGUUGACCUUUUUCUUUAACUUCUUAAGGUAGCAUAUUUCUGCUCUUCUUUUCCACAAACAGCUUAAUCUAUUUCCACAGUUAACAUUCUAAAGUUGGAGUGUCCUUGGAGAAACUCGGCUCAGCCUUUUUGUGACAUUUAGAAAAAUACAUUUGGUAUUCUGCAAACCUGAGUGAUUGAUUAUCUCAAAAUUUCUUAGACAGGUGAUAUGUGUGCUUGAGCAAGAUACUUAAUAAUUCAAUUGUUCCCUUUCUAAUUAUACCAUUUAAAAAUUCAGCUCUAGCAUUUUCUACUAGAAUUCAAGCAUUAAUCUGUUUUUAUAAAAGUUAGGUUUGAAGUUUAUUAGAAUAUAAAAAUCUGACCUCUUAAGUUUGUUGUUUCAAGGGGAAAAAAAGAACAGAAAACCCACUAUCACUCUAUAAUCCUUAUAUCUUCCUUUUUUAACUUCGGAAGUAGAAUUAUGUGGUUGUGCUUAUACUCAUCUAAUAUUCUAUAUCAUAUACUGUUAAUUUUAGUUGGUGUUUCAUGCUUUUAAUUAGUCACUAAAAUAAGAUGCAUAUGUGUUAAUUAAUUUUUAUAAUGGAAAUUGAGCAUGUAUUAAAGACGUUAAAUUUUUUCCUUUAUGUAUACUUUCGUGUUUUAGUAACAUAGUGGGAAAUUGUCAUAACGUGUGAAUUUUAAAGAACACUUUUGUAUAAAUUCACUUGAUAGAGCAAAACCAAGAGUAAACACUGUAAUUAUUUUCCUUUUGCCUAAAUCAUUACACUGGUAUCUUGAGUCAUUAUAUUCAAAUAUGAGAACACUUUAAUAAUUGUACUUAAAAUUGUAUAACUUCUGUGCAUCAUAUACUUAAAAUUGUAUAACUUCUGUGCAUCAUAUAGCAAUUAGAGAAUUUGUAGAUACUUUUUCCCUUCCAAUUUGCCUACCAUAGAAAUCAAAUAAAAACUAAACUAGAUAAUACACACACACACAAACACACACACACAUCUUAUCCCACAGUGCUUCCUAAGGAGGGGGCCACUUGACAUAUAGAGAUUAAAUGGCCAUUUUUUCUGUUGAUAUGGUGCUGAAAUUGACUGUUUUCAGAAUUUAUUUUUACCAUAAUGCUGAAGUCAACCAGUAUAAAAAAAAAGCUCUCUGUGCUUAUAGUUCAUAUAUUAUUUUUUCUUUAUGGACAACCAUUGAUCUUUCUGGAGUUGUGGGUCUUUGGGGAAUGCAAGGAUAUUAACAAUUUGGUGAAUGUGGCCUUGACAAUAAGGCCAAGUUUUGUAGUUAAGCUCUUUGACACUUCAGAGAAUUUCCUGGUUCUGGCAGUCUCAGCGACAGGUUUUCAUUACUCUAUUUUUGUGACUACAUUGUCCUUUUUCUGUUGCAGGGCAGUGGCAGGAGCACGUUGGAAUCAGAUGGUGCCCUGCGUGUAGCAGUGUGAUGGUGUUUGGAGGUGGGGCCUUUGGGAGAUGAUUGUGUCACGAGGGUGGAAACCUCAUGAAUGGAAUUAGUGCCCUUUAUAAAAGAGACCCCAGAGAGCUCCCUUACCUUUCUUCCAUGGGAAGACAGAGUGAAGCUGGCUGCCUUUGAACCUACAAGUGGGAUCUCACCAGACAUGGAAUCUCCUGGCAAUUUGCUUUCAGACUUGCUAGCCCCCAGAACUACGUGAAAUAAAUUUCUAUUGUUUAUAAGCCACCCAGUCUAUGGUACUUUUGUUACAGCAACCUGAAUGAAUGAAGACAAUCAUCUUAGGCUGAUCAGGCUAGGACACUGGAAAUUCUACUGAGGCUCAACCUAGACCCUUACUGUAGUGAAUGGGACCUUCAAUUUGGUUGUAAUGUUCGUAUCUGAGACCUCUUGAGGCCCCUCUGUCCCUGAUUACAUGAGUUUUGCAGUAAGUCUGCAUUCUGAUGAUCUCUUUGGCACCAAUGUAAUUCUUGUUACUGUCUCCUGGGGUUUGGAGGCUCUGAUCAGGCUUUGUUGUCCUCUGGUGAAUUUGGCUUUAAACACCAUCCAUCUUCUGUCUGCUUGCCCACCAUCUAUUACUUGUACAUGAAAACUUUCCUCAGUCUUGUCUGUGUAUGAGAAGUUUGCUUUGGGAAAGAAGACCUCUAUCCACCCAUAUUGCCUUUUAACCAUGUUUCUCACGUCAGUUGUCAGCCUGAGACAGACAUAGCAAUGUUUUACAUUUGUUAGAACAUCAGGCUGUUUUUCACGGGUUUGUCAGCUAACAGAUUUGCACUACUUUCUGGCAAAAGUUGAGCAAGGAAUUGUAUGUCCUGACCACUUUGGGGAACUUGGACAUGUUGAAGAAGACUUUCGCUUGAGAGGCACCUUAGAAGACAGCACCAAAAAAACAACAAAAUCUCAGGAGAAGAGAGUCUUCGUGUCGUCUAAAAAGACCGCUUGGUUUAUGUAGAAGACUGCUCACCUUUCAGGGCUUUUUAACUGUAUGGCUUAUAUUUAAACUCCUCUCUCCUUAAAGAGGGAAGGUAAUUAGCCUUUUACAUGAGCACUUUAAUUUUUGCAUUAUUAAAUUAAUUAAACAAGGAGGCCAUUAGACAGGUGGCUUUAAAGCUUUUAGGAGCCCCUGUGAGCAAAGCAAAACCUAACUAAGCCUGUGAUGCUUCAAGGUUAAGAAAUUGAAACUAAAAGACACCUAAUCACAAACAGCCAAUCAGACUUUCCCAAGCAAGGCAACUGCUUAACAUCAUAGCCAAAGAAUUUCCUUGCUUUGCUUCUGCUGCUUCUCUGUAAAAGUCUAUUUCCUAGCUCCCCUAGCCGGAGCGCUCUUAACCACUUCUGGGCUAGUGCUGCCCUAUUUGAAUCGAUUUUGCUCUAACUCACACUUUUUAAUAUACCUCAGUUUAUCUUUUAACAGUAUAAAACUAGCUCUAGUUAACCCUUAUUCCUGUUCCUAUCUUUUCUUCCCACUUCAAAAAUUUUAAAGAUAAGUUCAGAAAAAAAAAUCAUUCUGUUGAAUGUGCAGUCUAGGACUAUCUAGUCCAAAUAAACAGUCCAAAGUGUCUAAGAGAAAAAGGCAAACUAUUUGUGCUGCUUUUGGAUAAAAUGUGGACAAGUGAAAAUGAAAAUAAUAGCCUUUGUUA